AAACGCUGCCAAAGAAAUGCCGCUUUAACUCGACUAACCGUAAACCAUCAAAAAUUCCGGCUCCUGUCACGAAAUUGUGCUCUGACUGUGCAAGGAAAAACCAAACCAUGGCCGAUAUUUUGAAAAGGAUUGGCGAAGAUAAAGAAAAAUCUACAGCUUUAGAAGACGCUUUUAAAUCUUGUAGAUAUCCUGAUUCAUUGAGUAUGACACUUCUGGCUGCCGAUAUUGGUAUCACAGAAGAAGAAAUAGAGAACUGGUUUGCAGCAAGAUUGAAAAAAUGGAGGAAAGAGGAAGGAUUUGUGCCUAUCGCAGAGCGGGCGGCAAUUUUGGCUCAGAGUAUGAAUAAAACUGGAAAGUAAUGCAGUCUUGAUGGCAUUCCGGAGGCAAGACUCUUUGAAUGAAGGAAAAAGUAUAUAUAGGCAUACAUUAACUUAUCAAAGAGGCGGUGUUUGUGUCACUGUAUUCGCAAUGAUGAAGCAGUAUUUACUUUUUCGUAAAAAGAAGUUAAUUUUUAAGAAUUUAGAAAACUCUAAAUGACAUGCAAUUUUCAAGAAAAUUGUAAGGGUGAAGGCGCGGGCGCCUUUAAGAAUAUUCCAGAGUUUUCUCGUCGUGUUGUAUUCAUAAUUGGACGCAGACGAAACGCGUGAAUAUUAAUUAUUGUUUUACAUGGAGAUAUAAUGUUUACGUGGAAUGAAGCCAUCUGUUCGAAAUUUGUAUAAUCUAGAUUUACAGCAGCAGAUCAAAUGAAUGAAUGAACUGAAGAUAAGUUAUUAAUCAUCAUGGCUGAAGUCAAUAAAGACAGACUUGGUUGUCGAUAUGGAAUUAUUACCCGCUCCUGUUUCAUCUUGUGAGCCGGCCUCAAACCGUAAUUCAGAUAAACUUUCAUUUAGCUUAA